AUGGUUGUUAUCCACGGGGAACCCCUUACGUUCACGAACUACUCGACGUCUUCUCUCAACUGGAAUAGUUGCAUGAGUUAUUGUUAUCAAAUGCUUACAUGCAUUGCAGUUCACUAUUAUGAUCAAAAUCCAGAAUGUCAGAUCUUCGAAAUCGGAAAGAUUCAUGAUUUGAAGCAAUUAGAUGCAUACUCUGGUAAGAUAAUGGCAGUGAAGAUGCUCUCCAACCCCACCCAAUGUUCCUCAACUUCUGAUGGUAACUCAAUGCGCGGCGAAGUCUCUACGUCUUCGAUGUAUCAAAACUACAGUAUAACUGCUAACCUAGACAUUUGGAGCAUCUCUGCAAGUCCUCUGUACAAAUGUCCAGAUUCUUUUAGACUGUUCCAUCGAGUAUUAGGAAUGUGGUGCAUUGGAGUUGUGGUGACUGGACCAAUAACACAGCAAGACGGUUCUCAACUCUGUAUUCAAGAUUAUCUAGGAGUCUUGAGCGGAUUUGAUUCAAGAGACGAAUUACGAUAUAUGAUUGACACCGUAGUUCUACUGGUCCCAUCCAAUACCGCAUAUUUAUGGUAUGGAUACUGGAUUAAUGGAUUUCGGAAAGAAACAUGUCGGUUUUCAAAUCAAACUGGUUCAGAUUGUUCUGGAAUUAAAGGAUUCACUCUGACAGAUCCUCUUCUCUCAAACAGAGAAUGGUACUUAUGGGGGUAUGAUGGUCAGCCAAAUGGAAUGUCUGAUGGGUUAGGAACCAGUAAUUGUAUCGCGAAUCGUGUGAAUAUUCACGAUGGAGGUGGAAUCGAUGAUAUUCCGUAA